AGAGGAAAUCGGGAUAACUGGUCGACUGCCUAUAAUUAGCUUUCGAGCAGAGGAUGCGGAAGGGAUCUUAUUGCCCCAUAAUGAUGAGCUGGUUAUUACGGUGGAAGUGGCUGGUUUUGAUGUAAAUAGGGUGUUCAUCGACACAGGAAGCUCGAUCGAUGUGAUGUUCUAUGACUGCUUCGCGCAGAUUAACAAACAUCUGAAUCUAGAACUGAAACCAGUAGUGACGGCCUUGUAUGGUUUUAACGGAGGUGAGGUGAUGUCGAUGGGUGAAGUAAGUCUAACUGUGGCGUUGGGAUCGGGUGACACUAUGAAGGUAAGGAUGGUGCGGUUCGUGGUGGUAGGAGCGGAAUCGUCCUACAAUAUCAUAUUGGGACGAACGGGGUUGAACGCAUUCCAAGCAGUUGUGUCUACAUACCACAUGACGAUCAAAUAUCCUGUGGGUGAAAAUGUGGGCGAGAUUGCUGGAGACCAGCUCACAUUGAGGAGUUGUUACCAAACCACUGUCAGCAAUAACAAGCAAAUGGCGAGGAAGCAAGCGAAAG